CAUAGCAACAAACAUUAGGGUAAGCUUUGGGGUUAGAUUUGGAAGAAGACUCCUCUUGCGUCCUCAAUAUAAACGCGGAAUCCCCAUUCCCCAUCCCCAAGCCCAAAUCGAAACCCCUUGCUGGAUUCGAAGGAGCCAAAAAGAGGGAAGCGGGAGAUACUAUGGCGGGUAAAGGAGGGAAGGGGCUUUUGGCGGCGAAGACGACGGCUGCGAACAAGGACAAGGAGAAGAAGAAGCCAGUUUCCAGAUCCUCCCGAGCCGGUUUGCAGUUCCCUGUCGGUCGGAUCCAUCGGCAGUUGAAAUCCAGGAUAGCAGCACAUGGUCGUGUUGGGGCCACCGCAGCGGUUUACUCAGCAGCAAUUCUAGAGUAUUUGACGGCAGAGGUAUUGGAACUGGCCGGAAAUGCAAGCAAGGACCUUAAGGUGAAGCGAAUUACUCCCCGCCACCUUCAGUUGGCUAUCCGCGGGGACGAGGAGCUCGACACCCUCAUCAAGGGCACCAUCGCUGGGGGCGGUGUCAUCCCCCACAUCCACAAGUCCCUCAUUAACAAGUCCACCAAGGAAUGAAGAUGAUGACCAUUAAAAGGUGAAACUGCCUAAAUUACAGGGAUUGUUAUAUUAUUUAGUACUAGCUGUGAUUCUGUUAAUUCGUCGGUUGUUAUUAACUAGAACAAUAAAAGUAGUAGCAGUAGUCUGUUGGAUUUAACUAGGUCGAGUAAUUGAAAGUCCAUGUUGUUUGCAGAAAAUAUUUGCUAAGAUAGUAUCUCGCAACGCAUUGCUAUGUAAUCUAAUUCAAGCUCCCUGAUGGAACAGUGUUCGCAGUUUGCGGUUGUAUUUUUUUUUUUUUCUCUCUUCUGUAUUGUAUUCUGGUGGUUUACUGUUGCUGGA